UGGAGAUUUGACCCCUAAUUAGACCAUAGUGCCGGAUCGGAAUAUGACCAUCACCGCGACAACUGUGCGAUAAUCCGAAUGUCAAAAAUAAAGAUUAUUCGUUUACGGAUCGUUGUACUGACAACACCUUCAGCCUUCUGUUAAUUCUUCUGCCUUCCGAUUUUGUGCCUUUUAUAAGUUCAACGUUUAAUACAAAUUGGUAAAACUCGAGGUUUUACAUCUCAGAAGUGGGAUUGUGCCAUGCCGUCUAAAGAAGAUAUGUUGUGUGCGCUGGAGAACGCGAAAGUGCCGGUGCCUCCAACCGCUACGAUUGCUCAAAUCCGCAUGUUGUACGAGGAGCUAUUUCCUAGAAGUCACGUUGUAGCCGAACAAAAGCUUGCGCCCGAAGUAACGCAUGAAAGUGUUGAUACUGGGGAUUUGGCGAUAAAGCAAAUGAAUGACGAGCAAGAAAUUGUCAAGACAGCUAAUUCUGGCGGGUUAGAGACGGAAUUAGAAACACUGCAGAAGGAGCUGCAAGUGCUCGAACUUCGUCAGAAAAUCGCUAUGCUGAAGUCAUCUAACAUCGCUUCGACUUCGCUACCAUCAUCAUCAUCACCACCACCGCUGCCUUUACCUACAGCGCAGCCAGUGCCGCCAUCUUUAACAUCGUCACCACCGCUCCCUUUGCCGCUACCUACAGUGCUGCCAGUGUAUGUACCCAACUUUGAAGACUUCAUAGGAAAAUUUAGUGGUGAAAGAGGAGGAGUAGGGGUGGAGCACUGGUUUCGAGAAUUUGAACAAGUAUGUAGCUUGUACACACUAAACGACCAGCUGAAAUUUUUCUGUAUGCGCCGCCUGCUCACCGACACCGCCGCCAUUUUUGCUAAAACCUCAGGCGCAUGCACCUAUGAGACACUGAAAGCUGACCUUAUUAGUACUUUCACAUCAAAAACUUCACUAGAAGAAGUGUUUAAAAAACUAAGGGCACGACAUCUCUCGCAACAUGAAAGCAUCACAAGGUAUGUGUUGGAAAUGCAGCAAAUAGCGGGCACCGUCAUUCCAGAGGAAGACUUGGUCAAUAUUAUAAUUGACGGAAUUGAUGAUCCUAUUAAUACGUCAUCCAUACGUUUCGCUGCAAAAUCGCUCGAGCACCUUAAAACCCUGCUGAAAAAAUACGAAACUUUUCGUCAAACUCGUGGCGUGACUCCUACACCAGCACCGUUACGCACUAAACCCCCAGCUCCACCCCGCGGCACUGGCCCCUCGCGUCAAUGGGCGCAGAACAACAAUAAUGAACCGGCCAGAUGCUUUAACUGUUCUCAAUUCGGCCAUUAUCAAAGCGCUUGCCCAAUGCCACGCCGCCCCAAGGGAUCCUGUUUUAAAUGCCACCAAAUGGGACAUACACAUCGAGAGUGCCGAAACUUCCAGCCCGUUACGACUGCUGCGGUGCACCAUCUGGGUUCCCAUGGAUUCGAUGAGGAAACUGCGGACCAAAUACUGCUUAGCGAAAUUGAAACGCCGACCCAAACGGAUAAUUAGUGACCGAGGUACCUGCUUCACGUCCAAUCAGUUCGAAAAUUUCCUUAGAUCAAAUGAGGUACAGCAUGUACUCAACGCUACUGGUUCACCACAAGCAAACGGACAAGUCGAAAGGGUUAACCGCGUACUUCGACCCAUACUCAGCAAACUUUCGGACUCUUAUGAUCACGAUGAUUGGAAUUUGCAUUUACUGGAUGCUGAAUAUGCGUUGAAUAAUUCAAAGCACGCCAGUACGAAGUUUUCACCCUCAGUUCUCCUGUUUGGUAUUGAACAACGGGGUCAUUUAAUUGAUGAACUAACGGAGUUUUUAGACGAGCGUCGUGGAAGUACACUAAAUGAUUUAAGCGACAUUCGGGCUGAAGCAUCGGCAAAUAUAAUUAAAUCUCAGCUUACCAAUGAGGCAUAUUUUCGUAAAAAUCAUAAACCAGCAGCUAAAUAUGAAGUUGGAGAUUAUGUAGUAAUGCGGAACAUUGAUAGCAACACUCAGCAGAAUAAGAAGUUGAUUCCUAAAUAUAAAGGUCCGUACAUAGUCCAUAAGGUAUUGCCUAACGAUCGCUAUGUCAUUAGGGACAUUGAGGGCUGUCCAAUAACUCAGAUGCCAUAUGAUGGCAUAUUAGAAUCAAACAAGUUGAAGAAAUGGAGUGAGCCGUAUGAAACCGUUAACGAAAUUUGAAUUACUAAUAUUUACACAUAAAUUGAGGUCAAUUUGUUGGUUAGGAUGGCCGAGCUGUAGUACCCUGGAGAUUUGACCCCUAAUUAGACCAUAGUGCCGGAUCGGAAUAUGACCAUCACCGCGACAACUGUGCGAUAAUCCGAAUGUCAAAAAUAAAGAUUAUUCGUUUACGGAUCGUUGUACUGACAACACCUUCAGCCUUCUGUUAAUUCUUCUGCCUUCCGAUUUUGUGCCUUUUAUAAGUUCAACGUUUAAUACAAAUUGGUAAAACUCGAGGUUUUACACCUUGUCAUUUAUAACACCUUGAUUCCUAUCGAUUUUUGAUAUGCCUAACGAUUCACAGAUGACCACUCUAAAAUUACCGAUUUUCAAUUUAUCCUAACCAAAAUCACAGAUUUUCUCAUAAUACUGACCGAAAAGUCAUAAAAUCAUUUCCCAAACUCCAAACGAAGUAUGGAAAUCAAUAGCGAGCAGAAUCAGAAGUUCAACACUGACAUCUAAGGCCCGUGUUUGUACUUCACAAAAUGCGAUGAAAUUGGACGUGCUGGUAAUACAAAUUGAAACUCCUACCAAAAACUAACGAUAAAAUGUUGACGCUCCUACCGAAAACUGCCAAAAAUCUGGCUACACUGUCGGGGUCCCUGUGAGAGCUGUCAAACGAAAGGCAGCUGUCAAACAUCUCAAAACACAACGGCGUGCCUGCUUGCUUGCUUGGUGGGACUACACGUGUUGGCUUAAAAAUGGCUAAAAAGAAUCAAAUCAAAACGGAAAGUGUGGCGACUGCUGAGAAAUCAG